CAGGUUAUGUUUGCUGUCAGCGACCCACGAGACGGCUUCAGUCGCGGUGCGUAGCUUGGCCAGGGAAGUUGUUCUUAGUUACCCUACGCUUUUCAUCGCUGCGACCAAAUUAUUUUUCUUUCGUCGUUACUUGAUACUCCAGUUUUAAAGCAACCUCAACUAUUUAUACAAUAGACCAAAAUCGAGCAAAGCAUUCAGUAACAAUAAAACAUUGGAAUAGGAUACCAGAGAAGUUUCUGUGAAUGAGGGGUUGUAAUGGUAUGUCGGGGACAUUGAGGCUGGCAGCAUUUUAUACUUAUGAAAUACCUUGGCUGUCGACAAAUCACUCCAGGUAUAUUCACAGAAUUUGGCGCACAUUGAAUUCUCACAAUAAAUUCCAAGAGUUCAACUCCAACCAUGACAGAUAUUACUACUAGUGACCUUCACGACCUUUUAAAGUACUUUUCUAAAAAUACUUACAAAGCCAAUGAGACAGACAGCAUAGCUCAGGCCAUUAUGCAGAGAUGUAUUUUACUAGCAGACUUAGACUAUUCUCAUACAAUAGUAAAUAACAGCAUUGGUGACUUGAGUGCACACUACCCUAGUCACCUUAUAAUAUUAGAAUAUGAUAAAAAAAGUCAUCAGAAUCUCAGUGAUACUUCGCCACCUCAACGAACAACUGAAACCAUUUAUGAAAGUAUUUAUGAGCCCAAACAGUUGAAGGAGCUAAUAAAAAACGCAAGGAUUGCGAGGUGUCGUUCGAGGUUCCCACUGCCUGUAAUACUCUACAAAGGUAGAAACAUUUGUCGAUCGGCGACAUUGUCAGGUGGCCCAGAGAUUUACGGCAGAUCCGGGUAUGAGUACCUUUUCUCCAACAGUGAUUCAAAUGCCUCGAUGCAAGAAUCGGUUGAGGAGAGAAGUGAAGAACCGGGUAAUGGCGAAUGGCAGCUCUUUCACAAGUUUCGAAGUCAAGACAUCAGGCUGCUUAAAAUGCUAAACGUAGGAACGAUCAUCGAUUUUAUGGUCGAGAAAAAGAAAGUCAAGUUCGGAAUUAAUGUGACCUCAUCGGAAAAGGUCGAUAAAGAGCAGAGGUACUCUGACUUUACAAUAAUAUCACUGCCAUAUCCGGGCUGUGAGUUUUUCCGCGAGUUCCGGGAGAACGACUACCUCGCGGUAGGUCUGGUGUUCGACUGGAGCCAACCACACAUAGACGCCAAAAUCGGCAUACCUGAGGACCCAAUAUCCUCGCAGCUCCAAAUCAAUUGGGAGCAGUAUCAAGUCUGGGACCUAGUCAAUCUUACGCAAAAUUAUUUUAGGCUCAUUUUGAAAUACCUCAACGAUAGUAGUAAUGGUAUGCUCUUCCAUUGUAUAUCAGGUUGGGAUCGCACACCUUUAUUCAUAUCCCUGUUACGAAUAAGCCUGUGGGCGGACGGAGCAAUUCAUCAGACGCUGAACGCCAAACAGCUGCUGUAUUUUACAAUUGCUUACGACUGGAUGCUGUUCGGCCACGACUUGCAGGACCGAUUAGGCAAAGGCGAGGAAAUAUUUUACUUCUGUUUUCACUUUUUAAAGUAUAUUUAUGAGGAUGAGUUCAGCGUGAACAAACAACGGCAUAGCAAUUUAAAGCAUCCGGUACUGAGGAAUGACAGUGAUUUGCAGCUCGAUAAUGUCAUGUUUGACACCGAAUGCACCGUGGCUCAUAGUACAGUGAGCUCCAACUUAAGCCUUAACAGCUGUUGUAGCAACAACAGCAGGGACAGCCAGGAGAACAAUGCACCCAUGUACUUUUUCUGCUCGUCAGCCGAUAGCACAGACGAUACACAAACCAAUGGUAACGUGAUACCACAGACUAAUUGGUCGUUCUACUCGCCAAACAAAGCUGACGGCAGCUCGACGACGAGUCACGGUGGCUCGCGUUCACCUCUGCCUACUUCUGCGAGCCGGACGUCGCCGGUAGCAGUGCCGGUGCCAAGCCGAGUACGGCAACGCAAUGAGUCUUCGUCAUCGGCCGGUUCCUGGCAAUUGAUCAGCGCCACAGGUAGUUUACGGGGGUCUACCACCACCAAUGCACCCGUACUGCUUGAUCAUCCGUUGUCUGGCUCCAGCUUUUCUAGUACCAAUUCUGCGCCAGCACACAACUCCCACGAUUCUAGCACCACUGUUAUCGAGGAAGAUCAUCCAUAUGUUUCAAGACGACAGAGAAGACUAGAGAGUCUAAGGCAAAUGUUUUCUAGCGUGUACAGUCAGACUAUAGGUUUGAAAAUGAAGGACAAUUCGGAUACGACGGGCAUUAGUCAGCUGCUCGGAAAUAUCGCUGAAAAAGUUGGUAUAAUAUCGGUUCGUACGUCGUCGUGACGUG